CCGAAAGUUUGCUGAUUAACUAAACGAGCAGGGAACCCCCAAGCCUUGGAAUUAUUAACUGACACAGUUUUCUUCCAUUUUAUCAUUGCAAAACGCCAACACUCACUCUCUUCUUCUUCUGAAUCUGUGUGAGGGCGAUAACAUUCAGAUGCAGCAAAGGACCUCAAAUGCGAGUUCUCGCGGCUCUGGCGAGCACAGAGCCGUCAAUCUCGGCGAUCCUUCACAAACAAAGCGAGGAAAAACAGACGGUGAUGAUACGUCCGGCCCUCCACUUUACGAUACGCGAAGCACCAAUGGAAAGAGAAAGGUUUCCUUAUCACGAUCGGCAGAGAAAUGGCUUCACGCUAUUCCUUUGAUUCUGCUGCUUUGCCUUUUCCUGCUUUGGUUCAAUUAUUUUCCAGUGAAUGUGACGGUUAGAGAUGGUAGAACUACAGUCAUACAUCAGAUUCAUGCACCGCUGCCUAACACUACACAUGCUGAUCUCACCAUAUUAGUGGUGUCCGCACCACCAAUCUUGUCACUUGCUCAAAAUCUGUCACACCACAAUGAAACUUCCUUGCAUUUGGUGAGCUCGCCUAAUUGAAACAUCAUUUUCUUCCAAUGAAUAAGGUGUCAGGGUUUGAAGUUUUACCGAACUUUGUGUCAAUUCAUCUCCGAUAAGUUUGAGAUGCUCUAUUGGACAAGACAGCAAAAUUAGCUGAACCUAUGUUUCUUUGCAAGAACCAUAUUUUGGUUCUGUUGCCCUGGUUGAACUUGUUAUGUAGAAUACAUGCCAAAACGAACUAUCACUACUGACAUGCCUUUUUGAAUUUACAUGGCGGAAAUGGAAAACAAUAUGCACUGGACGGCAAAAUUGUAGCUUGUAUUUCAUGGUCAGUAACAAUAUCUCAAUUUGUGUUUCGUGGACCUUCUGAUGCAAUCGUAAUCUUAGGAUUUAGGAAAAUGACUAGAAGCUAUUUCUUUAUCUAUACGCCUUGAAUAAUGAACUAUAUGUACCUUUCCAUGCUACAAUUCAGCCACUUCACCAU